AUGAUGAGCAAACGUGAUUUCCAAAUUGAAGAUUACGAUGCACACUUGUCUGUACGUCAAGAUGCACGUUUGCCUGUACGUCAAGAUACACGUUUGCCUGUACGUCAAGCCAGCAGUGCCGAUGAACCGAAGUUAGAUUUUUUUCAAGCUCAACGCAGUUCUGUAGAAUCGAGUGAAUUGAGAGGAGAGGUAAUGCUCAGAAGCAGAAGUUCGCAUCAUUCAUUUGAAUAUUUUAAAAAAUUUAAUUCGGUGGAUUACACUCCUCAACGUUGGAUUACUCCACUAGUAGCGGAAUAGUGAAUAGCGAGCUAUUGCCCAUCACUGCAAUAUUUUUAUGCCAAUAAUUGCUUUCAGAAUUCAUUUUACACUAAUCGAAUCGUACACUUCGAUUUGAAAGGUGCGGCACCAAAAGUGGAUUAUUUGAAACAAGUAUUCCGAUUGAUCAAAGAGAAUGGCGCUACAGGAAUCCUGAUCGAAUGGGAGGAUAUGUUUCCAUUCAAUGGCAUAUUGGAAGAGAAUCGAUGUUCUGAUGCGUAUACAGUGACCGAAGUCCGCGACCUGUUGAGUACCGCUCAGACUCUUGGUCUCGAUGUUAUUCCACUCGUACAAACGUUCGGUCAUUUAGAGUGGAUUUUGAAAUUGGAUAAGUUCCGAAAAUAUCGUCAAAGUGAUCAGUAUGCACAGGUGAUUUGUAUGAAAGACAAUGACGGUGUAGAGCUAGUCAAGGAGGCAAUCAAGCAAGUUGUUCAAAUGCACAAACCAUAUGGCAUCAAAUAUUUUCAUAUUGGAGCUGAUGAAGCAUUCGAGAAACUGUUUACUUUCCAGUACGGUACAUGCGCAAAAGAUGUUGCUUUUUUGAGUCAAGCAGGCGAAAGCGGCUUGGAAAAUCUUGCGGUUGGACAUAUUGCAGACAUUGCUAAAUAUGUCAAGUCUUUACUAGAGCCUACAGCAAAGUUGGUUUGCAAUUUUAAAUUCAGUUNAUUGUUUGCAACGGUCAACCAAUAUAAGCUGAACGAUAUCAUUGAGCCAGUGGUAUGGGAUUAUUCGGAAACACUGCAGCAACAAAACGAAUAUACAUGGCGAGAACUAUCAGCUGCGUUUUCGAAUGUGUGGGGUGCAUCCGCUUUCAAAGGAGCUAACAAUCCAUCAGAGCAAUUAAUUGAUAUCAAUCAUUAUUUAUUGAAUAACGUAGCUUGGUUGGAUCAAAAAAAGGAAUUUGGUCCACUUUUUCAAAAUUUCCGUGGUAUUAUACUGACCGGAUGGCAACGAUACGAUCAUUUUGCAGUACUUUGUGAAUUACUACCAGUUUCUAUACCAUCUUUGGUCGUUAACCUUCAAGUAGCGGUAAAGGGCUUGGAUGCACAUGAAAAGAGCAUCGCACGAGCGGUUGCUAAACAGUUGAAAUGUCCAUAUUCCGUUUCGUUGCGUCAUCCUGAAUCAUUCGGUAAAUGCAUCUUUCCAGGUUCCAGUGUAUUUGAACACAUCCAGAUUGAAUGGCCAAAAAUGGAGGAAACUAUUAAAAAGGAAGUGAGCGAUAAUCAUCAGAUAAGAGGAUGGUUGAAUCGAUUCAACAUAAGACAUAACUACACGCAACUGUGGUACCUGAAGACUUUGUCGGAUGUUAUAAACGAAAACUACGAACAAUUAGUUGAGAUGGAGCACAUGAUCAGGCAUGUUGUUUCAUUUAUUAAGAUUCGUGGAAUAAUGGCAUUGGAAUGUAAACGUGCGAUUUCUUCCACUGUAAUUUUCAAAAAGUUCUCCUCUUUCAGACACUCGAUGCAACAGAUCUAUAAAAAUGAUACAAUCGAUGAGUGGAUCUAUCAGUAUUUUGAUCCAACGAUGGAAAAGAUGAAAGGCUACAAGAGCGCAAUAAAACGUUUACAAGAAUUACGAGUAUUUCCAAAACGGACGUUCGCAAUUCGUCGAGAUUUGGAAUCGCGAACGCCAUAA